AUGCAGCUUGGAAAGUGGAGGCAUGCAUCACAGAUUCCUACAGAAGAAGACGUUCUUGCAGAGCCUGAUUCGUACCCAUUCACGGAGGAAAUUGACCGGAUAUUGACUCCGCACAUCCACGUUCUUUCUGCGCUUCUCAACAGUCCUGAAGAAGUUGAUUCCACUAGUGUCCCUGUGCUGCAGUACCUCCGUUCAGAUGCUGGCUCCGAUGGCGCAAAGAGCGUUCAAUCACCCGGCAACAAAUCUCUGGGCAAGCCGACUAAGACGUCGGAAGUGGACUCCAGAUUUCGACAGCAUCCCGCUGUGCGUUCCGGCAUGGUACCGCAUACGGGGGAUCUUGACAUCGUAGAACAAGCUCGCAUUAACAACUGGUUCUAUCUCAAGGUCCCUGGUGCCCGAAAACAGUAG